AUGAUCUACUCGGGAGAAGGCUACAGAGUCGAGGCCUGGAUAGAGCGCAAUGACAAUUCGGGCGUGCGUUUCCCCGAAUAUCGCGAGACGGAUGUAGAAGACGAGGAAAGUGGUCUAGCUGGCGCGCAGCAUCAGUGCUAUCUGGCAUGCGAGGAAGGAGCGAGCUUCAGUAUCAAAUUCUCAAUCGUUGGGCCAGAGAGACCCUCGACGGACGCUGUCAACGUCGACAUCAACAUCGAUGGACGAAACAUCAGCUCCCUCACGAUUAGUGAUAUCGAGGGCGAGGGGGAGAUCAACGACGAGGGAGAAGUGUCUACAAUGUUUGUGGAUGAGGACGGAGAGAUGCUCGAAGCAGACUUGACAUUUGCACCGAUGCCCAAAACCGACGACCAAGAUCUGGUAGAAAUCAGAGGGCCGACGGUGGACGCGCUGGGCAAGAUCCAGAUCGAGCUGUGGUGGGGGACACAGGUGACGAUUAUCGAAGGAGACGACCUCUAUGAGCCUCCUGGAACGUCAGAAGCCUCGCUGGGAGCCGUCCACGAGAAGAAAAUGGGGCCAUAUGAGCCUGAAAGUACCUCCAUAUUCACGCCAGCGGAAGAGAAUGCCUUCAUAUGCCGGUUUAUCUGGAAAUAUCAUACCCCCGCAGAACUCGGCUUCCUCGGAGUUAUAGGGGAAGACGAGCUCCCACCCCUGCAACAACCGAUUGCGCCGGGACCCAGCCAGGUUGCAAGAGGAAACAUGCAGAAUGUCAAGCGCGAGGCGCCAGCUGACGAAGGGGACUACGUGAUCGGGCCCAGCAAGCGGGCGAACAAGGGUCCUGAUUACUUGGACACGCGGGAAAUGCCUAUCACAAUAUCCGAGCCUCAUGGUGCUACACCGAUGAAAGGUAGUACAUUUGGAGGGGGCUUCCUACACUCUAGCAGUACCUCUACUCAUCUCCUCAAAAGUUCCCUGCAACGCCCAACGAAGCUGAAUUUCCCAUUUGUCGCUCCGGAGCUUGUGCUGACAGUGGACGAGAAAGAGCUCCGGGGACUUAUUGAUGGAUAUGGAGCGGGCGAAUUCUGUUAUACGGUCCUAGCUGAUCAGCUUCUGUUUGAUGCGGUGAGGCGAUUCUGUUCAGCGCUGUUACCGGUAGGUCGGGAUGAUGAAUCGUCUAACGUACGUGCUGGGCAUUGUCACUGGGGUUGGAGGUCGCUCAGGCGGUGUGAGAGGGGUCUUGGCAGGGAAUCGUAUGAUGCUGCCGGGGAGGCGGGACGACUAGUCUGGAUCAGAAGGCUCAGGUGA